AUGAAAGAUCAAGAUAUUUUAAAUAAAAUAAAACAUUUAUCAAUAAAUGAUAAUAAUAAUAAUAAUAAUAAUCCAAAUAAUCCAAAUAAUCUAAAUAAUAAUAAUGAAAAUGAAAAUGAAAUUUUAAAAUUAUUAUAUAAAAAAGAAGAAAUCAUAAUGAAAAAAUUAGAUAAUACAAAUAAAUUAUUUGAAAUUGAAAAAAAUAAUUAUAAAACUUUAUUGGAGAUAUUAUAUAAUCAAGAAUCUGAUAAUUUACUUAUUGAACAACAACAACAAAAAGAUCUUCAACAACAACAGCCAUUACAACAACAAUUACAACAACAAAAUAAUAAUAAUUUUGAUCAAAUUGAAUCAAUUAUAAAUACAAUUGGACAACAAGAAAAUAGAAUUCAAUUUGUUUUUAAUCAAUUACAAUCAAUAAUAAAUAAUAAUAAUUAUAAAUUAAAUAAUUAUUCAAUUAUUAAUAAUAGUAAUUUAAAUAAUUCAAAUAAUAAUAAUAAUAAUAAUAAUUCAAAUAACAAUAAUAAUAAUAAUAAUAAUGAAUAUAAUAUAAGGAAAUCAAUUGAAAAUUUAACAGAAUGGUGCAAAUAUUCAAAUCAAUUAUAUGAAAUUGAAAAAUAUAAUAAUGUAAUUUUAAAAGAUAUAAUAUUUAAUAAAAGUAAAGAAAAUUGGGAAUUAGAAUAUCAAACUAUAAAUAAUAAACAGGCUCAACAUUAUUUAGAUAUUCAAUCAAUUAAUAAUUAUUUAAAUUGUUUAGAAAUUAUUGAUGAUAAAUAUACUUUAACAUUUUAUUAUAGUUUAAAUAAUAAUCAACAAGCACCAGAAUUAUUACAACAACAACAACAACAACAACAACAACAACAACAACAACAACAACAACAACAACAACAACAACAACAACAACAACAACAACAACAACAACAACAACAACCUGAGCAACAAAAUCAACAUGAAGAACAACAAGAAGAAGAAGAAGAAGAAGAAGAAGAAAAUAAAGAAGAUUAUAUUAAUCCAAAUAAUCAACAAAUUGAAACAUAUGAUAGUAUUUUAGAUGAUGAUGAUGAUGAUGAUGAUGAUGAUGAUUAUGAUGAUCAUGAAAAUUAUGAAAAUUAUGAAAAUAAUAAUAAUAGUAAUAAUAAAGAAGAAAAUUUUAAUAAUAGGUAUCAAAAUUUUACAUUUUUAGAAAAUAAUAAUGAUUUUGAUGAAGAAGAAGAAGAAGAUGAAAAAUAUAAUCAAUCAAUUAUUAAUAAUGAUUCACUUCAAAAUAUGUUAAGUUCAACAUCAACACUUUUAUCAAAUAAAGAAUUAAAUAAAAGAAUAAUUAAUAAUAAUGAAUUUGGUAUAAUUGAAAAUCGUAAUAAUAAUAAUAAUAAUCAUCAUGAUGAUGAUAAUAAUAAUAAUUUAAUAACUAAUGAAUAUUUAAUAAAUAAUAUAAUUAAAGAUUUAAUUGAUUUAUCAAAUGAUUUAAUUGAAGAAGUUGGUAGAUUAAAAGAUGAUAAUAUUCAAUUACAAGAAAAUUUAAAUAAAAUACAACAAAUAAAACAUCAACAAGAAGAAGAAUUAGAAGAAGAAUUUGAAGAAGAAGAAAAUCAAACAAAAUUAACAUUAUCAUCAUUAAUUGUGGUACCACCAAUUAAAAAAAAUAUUAAAGAUUCAAUUGAAAAUAUUACGAAUAUAAAUAAUAAUAUAAAUUAUUCAAUAAUUAAAGAAAGGGAUGAUUUAUUAGUUAAAGUAUUUACAAUGGAACAAGAUAUUUCACAAUUAAAUAUUAAAAAUGAUAGAUUACAACAAGAAAUCAUUGAAAAGAAUUUAAAAAAUUUUCAAAGAAUUAAAGAAUUAAAUUUAAUAAAAUCAACUACAAAUGAAAAGAGUGAACGUUUAAUUGAAUCUUUAAAAAAAUUAUGUGAUUCAAAAGAAAAUACUAUAAAAUAUUAUAAAAAAGAGAAUCAAUCAAUUCAAUCUCAAUUUUUAAAAUUAAAAAAUCAAUUAUUAUUAGAAAAACAAUUUAAUCAAAAAACUUUACAAAAUUGGGAUGAAUUACAAAAUGAAUAUAAAAAAUUAGAAUUAAAUUAUAAUAAUCUUUUAAAUUAUUAUAAUAGUACCAAUAAUAGUAAUAAUCUUUUAAUUAAUUUAAAAAAUAAUUUUAAAUCGUCAAUAAAUAAUAAUAAUAAUAAUAAUAAUAAUAAUAAUAAUUUUAAAAAUUCUUUAAUUUCAUCAUCUUCUUCUUCUUCAACAACAACAUCACCAUCAUCAUCUUUAUCAACAUUAUCAUCAUCAUCAUCAUCAAAUAGUUUUAAUAAUCAAUUACCAGAUUCAAUUGAUAUUUAUAAAUCAAAUUCAAAUAAAAUUAAAGAUUCUUUAAUUUUAAGUAAUAAUAAUCAAAUGCGGCAUUCAACAAGAUAUAAUAAUAAUAAUAAUAAUAAUAAUAAUAAUAAUAAUAAUAAUAAUAAUAAUAAUAAUAAUAAUAAAAAUAAUUAA